GGUACAACUUGUUAUUAUUAAACCAAGCAUAACCUUUUAUUCGGAGUUUCGAUUUAUUUUAAAUUCCAAACAAUAGAAUCUUCCACGAGACAGUUUAAAUGCUUCAAAAUCGAGUGUUUUAAGUGAAAAUACGUGUGUAUAAAGCCAAAAAGAUGUUUUGCGUUCAAGAAGCCGAACAUUCUGACCCCUUCGCAAACGCAGAGAACGACCCUCUCAGCAACACAACACAAUCAGAGUCCAGCGAUGAAGAACCAGCUGCCAAACGUCACAAAGCCUUCAGCAACUCAUCCUUCGACUUACAAGUUUACCAAAUCCCAGCUUUCAACACCCCAAAGUCCUUAUCCAUAUUCCCUUCCACACAAACGUCUACGCUGCCAAAGUUCGUCAACAAUCCCUUAAACUUAGCCAAUCCAUUAUCUCUAACGAACACUGCAAUCAAAAAUUCCAACAGUAUCGUCAAGAAUCUCCACUCGAGGUAUUCUUUGCCAGCGAAAUUGACUAUUACUCCGGUGACGACACCAAGUAAGAAUGAAUCGGGAGAAGUGGUCAGGUAUAAGAAGAACGGAGAGGUGGCUAAGAAGAGAGGGCCUCCGAAAGGGUACAAGAGGAAACCGAAGGGCCCUAUGUUUGAUGCGAGCGCCCUUUUGCAGAAUACGGCCUUGUUACAAGCCCACAAUAAGAUCCUCACGAGCCUGCUAGCUGCGUCCCAUUCGUCCAUGAGCAUGGCGUCGGGCCCGUCGGUCUCCAUGCCGCCGCCGCCGCCGCCGCCGCAGGUUAAAGUGCCGGAAGGCCACGAGCUGGUAGAGAUGCAGCUGGACCCGGCAGACUGGUUUCCGGCGGAGCCCUACCGCAUGGUGUUCAGUCGCAAGAAGAAUCCCAAGUGGAAGAACUUUCCCUACAGAUGCGAGCACUGUUUUAAGGGCUACCGCGUAGUGUCAACUCUUCUCACGCACGCCGCAGAGCGCCACGGCUGCGUGCCCAAAGACAUGGCCAUCCCGUGUCCUUGCUGCCCGCACGUGUCCACGCGGCGGAAGCAGCACAAGAAACAUUUAGAGACCCACGAGGGACGCCGCAGGAGAAUAUUCUGCCUCUACUGUCUGCCUCCGAGUGAGUAA